AUGGCUCAGUUCAAGCUCAUCGCUUCCCUCCUUGUAUCUCUAUGUCUCGUUCUACCUCUCAUCCAAGCCAAGGACGUUAACUACUGCGAUAAGAAGGCUGACUAUGAUGUCAAGGUCAAGGCAGUCGAGAUAAUUCCUUACCCUGUGGCGAGAGGCAAGCCUGCCAGCUUCAGCAUUUCUGCAACUACAGGUGAAUCAAUCUCUGGAGGAAAAUUGGUGAUUGAGGUUUCAUACUUUGGUUGGCACAUCCACAGUGAGACUCAUGACCUUUGCUCAGAAACAUCUUGCCCUGUUUCAACUGGUGAUUUCGUGAUUGCUCACUCGCAAGAUUUGCCUGGAUAUACUCCACCUGGUUCAUACUCUCUCAAAAUGAGGUUGUACGACGGAAACAAACAUGAACUGACAUGCAUUGCCUUUGAUUUUGACAUCGGGUUUGCAUCAUCUGAUUCAUCCGUGGCUGAUAGUUAA